AUGUUUAAAUCAAUAUUAAAGUAUAGUAUUGGUAGUAAAGCUGCUACUAGUUCAUUUGCAACACUCAGCAGCAGUAGAUCACAAUUACAAACCGUUGUUCGUCACUACUCUACCACGAUCGAUAGAGAAAAGAAUGAAUUACCAAAGUUAAAGAAUAUCCUCAAACAAUUCUAUCUAAAGAUUCAUCCUGAUACUUUAUCUGCUCAUCCAGAGGAAAAGAAAGUAAACUCACAUAAUAUGAAGAUUAUUAUGGGUAUUAUUGAUGCAUUCAAGAGAAGACCAGUACCCGAUCCAAAUACUCAACAAAUUCCACAUGCAUUGUCAUUCUUUAUUCCAGAUGAAUUGGAAGAGGGCAAGGACGUAUUGAAACGUGUCGAUAUUGAAAUGAUAGAGAACUGUAGAAACCCAAAUCACGUGCCCGACCAAUUGUCAAAGUUGUUUGGUUACUGUAAUUUGGCAACUCGUUUCUUGACUGAAAUCCAACAAGUCGACAGCUUUAUCCAACCACGUAGCAACGGAUCGAUCAAAGACUUUUUGUUGGACAAUCGUCACUUUGCCGUUCAAAUUGGUGACGAUUCAUUCAAGCAAUCUAGAGAUUUGGAGAUGAUGCUCAAAAAGGUGAGAAGAGAACUAUCGGUGCAAGUCCAAAUGACUGUCAACCCAAUCGACUCGCUCUACUCUUUCCAAGAAAACUAUCUUGCUCUUCAAGAGUUUGCAGAUGUCUAUGUUGCCUGGAGAGACUCACUCACCGAGGCACAACGCAAGGACAAGUCGUUUACCUCCCUCGCUUUUAACCUCAACCACAGUGAAAUCAAUUACGCCUCCAACGACCCAAUCAUCUAUCUCGAUCGUAGCUCUUCAGAGACUUGGGCUAGCUAUCUCAACCGUCUCGACCUCAAGGAGUUGGCCGAUCAGGUAAAGGUGGAGCGUGACGAAAACGCAAAGCGUGUCGAAAAAUACAUCACCCAACGUAAAGAGUUUGACACUCAUUCAAAGGAGCUCACCAAGUUGCUCAAGGUUCGUUCUAUCAAUUGGAUGUUCCACGAUGAUCCAACAGACGAUCCAAACCACUAUUUAAAUAAUCACGAUCAAAUGGACCUCUGUUUAGAUUUCUCUAAAAAUGUUUUAAUCAAGAACAAAAAUCAAAUUACAAAAUUAUUAACUGGAAAGAGAUUUAAUAGAUUAACAAUUGGCAUUUGCCCAAAUUUAAGAAAAUCCAAAUAUUAUAUUGAUAUGGAUGGUGUAUUAAAGAUUUCAACUCGUGUAGAGUUUAAUGAAUUCAUCGAUAUCAUCAACAAUGAACAUGACAAGACUAUUGAGGUUUUGAAAUUGUCUGAAAAGAUGGAAACCCUUCGUGACUAUGUUCAAGUUAGAUUGGGUCUUAAAGAAUUGACCACCCUUACCUCUUUUGUAUAUACACACGGCUACGACAAGGUCUAUCAAGCCUACCAAAAAUUAUACGACGAAUCUGAAAAGCUUCGUAAUCUCCAACUCAAUGGCCUCACCCUCGUCAUUGCCGAUUACUACUCGAUCUCUAGAGCCGGUGAAAUCUUUGUUAAAUAUGAUUUCUCUGUUGAAGAAUUCAUUUAUGCUAUUGGUCCAAAUUCUCAACAACAACAACAACAACCAAUUGUUGAGGAACAACAAGUACAACAAGGACAACAAGAACAACAACAGCAACAAUAA